GUUUGUUGAUUUGGUGAAUCACAGUCCACUUUGAAACAAGAAGUACGAGGAUUCAGCACCAGCUAAUAUAAGUUUGGAUUCUGGUGGCAUUUUGUCUCACUUUCUUCUCUUCAUUAACGUUGUUUUCUAUCUUUGCCAGUGGACAAGAGCCCUGGCAAUGAUCACUCUGUCCUCUUCAUGGCAUGUGUUUGUUUUCAUUCUUGUGAUGGGCCCAAGGGCCUUUGCCGUGGACACUUACAUUGCAGCUGUUUAUGAGCACCCAGUCAUACUGGCAAAAAAUGCCUCAAAACUCGUUUCUUCUGAAGAGGCCUUAACACUGAUGAACAGAAACAUGGACAUCUUGGAAGAGGCCAUCACUUCAGCAGCAAACCAGGGUGCACACAUCAUUGUGACUCCUGAAGAUGGAUUAUAUGGCUUUGGUUUCACAAGAGAAACAUUUUUCCCUUACCUGGAGGAUAUUCCAGAUCCACUGGUCAACUGGAUUCCAUGUAUUGACCCAGGAAAAUUUGGACCUUCCCCAGUACAAGAAAGGCUGAGCUGCCUGGCAAGACACAACUCAAUUUAUGUGGUUGCCAACAUUGGGGAUAAGAAGCCCUGCAAUUCCACUGAUCUUAAGUGUCCCAGAGAUGGCCGUUACCAGUACAACACAAAUGUUGUCUUUAAUUCAGAUGGAAAACUGGUGGCACGUUACCACAAGUUCAAUCUCUUCAUGAUAGAACAACUGCUAUAUGAUGCACCUGAAGAACCUGAAUUUGUGACCUUUGAAACUCCCUUUGGGAAAUUUGGUCUAUUCACAUGCUUUGAUAUCCUCUUUCACGAUCCUGCUGUGGCUCUGGUUAGCAAGCUCCAUGUGGAUACCAUCCUCUUCCCUACUGCCUGGAUGAAUGUCCUUCCACAUUUGACUGCUGUUGAAUUCCAUUCUGCCUGGGCUGUGGGCAUGCGUGUCAAUUUCCUGGCAUCUAAUAUUCAUCGUCCUAGUCUGAACAUGACAGGUAGUGGCAUCUAUGCACCAGAUGGGCCCCGAGCAUAUCAUUAUGAUCUCGAAACAUUGAACGGACGUCUUCUGGUUGCAGAACUUGAUUCCCAGCCAUCUCAUUCGCCCAGCUAUGUUCCCUCUCUUAACUGGAACUUGUAUGCCUCUGCUAUGGAACCAUUUCCUCAAGACCAUAAUUUCACAGGAAUCAUUUUCUUUGACGAGUACACUUUCUCUGAACUCACCAAAGAAGCUGGGAACCUUACAGUGUGUCAGAAAGGUCUUUGCUGCCAUUUAAGCUACAAGAUGACAGAAAAACAUGAAGAUGAGCAUUAUGUGCUUGGUGUAUUUGAUGGACUUCAUGUGGUAGAAGGAGAAUAUUAUUUACAGGUGUGCACAUUGCUGAAGUGUGGUGGCACAGACCUUCAAACAUGUGGCCAGUCAGUGACAACUGCUCACACCCAGUUUGAUUCCUUUUCUCUCAGUGGCACAUUCAGCACGAACUAUGUCUUUCCAGAAGUCCUGCUCAGUGGUGUUCAGUUGGCACCUGGAGAAUUUCAGGUUUUAAGUGAUGGCCGUCUGAUGAGUCAGAAUCGUACAUCACAGCCAGUUUUAACUAUAACCCUUUUUGGAAGGUGGUAUGAGAAGGAUCCUCCACAUCCAUACACCCACCAUAUCAUUUUAUGAAAUAUAUUGACCAUGAAAGCUUGAAAAUAUUCUUAUAUAAGAACAUAGGUUGCACAUUGUUGUUAUUUUAUCUUGUCUUUCUUGGCACUAUGAUUUGUAAAAUAAAUACUACAUCACCUUGAAA